AUUAAGUUUAUAUAUUUAGUCGGGUAUAAAUGUUUUAUCGCUCUCAUUUUGUUGACAUACAUCUGUAAAAUGCAAAGCAACGUUAAUGUGAAUGUUAUCUUACCAAGUUUAAAGACGGAAUGUAAAUAAAUCUAAAUAAAUGAUUCAAAAUCAGGGAAAGUUCAAUGGCGAUACAUUUCAAUAGUGAUAUGUUACGUUAUUAUACGCAGGAGCUUGAUUAAUUCAUUUCCACUGGUCAGGCAGUUUUGGACAGUCCGUCAUCCGUUGAAUACGUUAUACUUGUCCAGUUAGAAUCUGCAAUAGAAUGUCGUCUGCCAACAUAACGAGUGCAUUCAACAACGCCGGCGUCGGUACAGCUGACGUUGUUAUUAUAAUCAUCUACCUGGCUUUUUGCCUAGCUGUAGGACUUUGGGCAACAUGGCGAACUCAGAGAUCGAGUGUAAGCGGGUAUUUCCUGGCUGGCAGGGACAUGCUAUGGUUUGCGAUUGGAGCAUCUCUCUUCUCCAGUAAUAUUGGUAGUGGUAGCUUUGUUGGUCUAGCUGGAACUGGAGCAGCAUCCGGUAUAGCAGUUGCAAGCUACGAAUUGAACGGUUUGUUUUGUCUUCUAUUGUUAGCAUGGCUUUUUGUUCCUGUUUACAUUGCAAGUGGGGUAUAUACCUUACCAGAGUAUUUGAAGAAACGAUUUGGUGGUCAACGAUUACAAGUGUAUAUGUCAGUUCUAGCACUUCUAAUAUAUGUGUUCACUAAGAUUUCCGCAGAUAUAUAUGCUGGUUCUAUAUUCAUACAACAAGCAGUAGGCUGGAACAUGUAUGUUGGAAUCAUUGCUCUGCUCGCCGUCACCGCUAUAUACACUGUCUCAGGAGGUUUAAAAGCCGUCAUCUACACGGAUACGUUACAGACAGUAAUUAUGGUCGGCGGUGCUAUUGUACUCAUGAUUAUAAGUUUUGUUAAAGUUGGUGGUAUGAAUAAGCUUUACAAGGAAUACCAGUAUGCCGUACCAAAAGUCCUUGUGAAUAAUUCUGACUGCGGUAAGCCAACUGAUGAAGCUUUUCAUCUCCUUCGUGAUGCUACAACAGGUGACCUCCCUUGGCCAGGAAACGUGUUCGGCAUUACUAUUCUCAGUACUUGGUACUUCUGCUCUGACCAGGUUUUGGUACAACGUUCUUUGGCAGCUAAAAAUAUGCACCAUGUUAAAGGAGGGUCAAUUUUAGCGGCAUACCUAAAGAUUCUUCCAUUGUUUACUACAGUAUUUCCCGGAAUGAUUAGCCGAACACUAUUUCCAGAUCAAGUGGCGUGUGUAGAUCCAGACAUUUGUAAAGCUGUGUGUGAUAACCCAGCCGGAUGCACUAAUAUUGCUUACCCAAAACUGGUUGUUGAGUUAAUGCCUCUAGGUUUGAAAGGCCUGAUGCUGGCUGCGAUGAUGGCGGCAUUGAUGAGUUCUCUAACAUCAGUAUUUAAUAGUUCAAGCACUAUAUUUACGAUGGAUAUUUGGCACAGAUUCAGACCCGCCGCUACAGACGGAGAAUUACUUGUCGUGGGAAGGAUAUUUGUGUUAAUUCUUGUUGGUGUGAGUGUUGUUUGGAUUCCGGUGUUACAAGCGUCUCAAGGUGGGCAACUCUUCAAUUACAUACAAUCGGUGACUGGCUAUCUCGCACCGCCUGUACUCUCACUAUAUCUUCUAGCCAUACUUUGGAAGAGGACAAACGAAAAGGGAGCGUUUUGGGGCUUAAUGAUUGGCUUGUUGGUAGGCUUAAUUCGGAUGGGUCUAGAUUUCGGAUAUGGAAGCCCAGCUUGUGGUGAAGAGGACACUAGACCAGUCAUUAUAUCAAAAGUUCACUUCCUUCACUUCACCAUUAUAUUGUUCUUCAUUAGUCUGUUUACAACAUUUACUGUUUCCCUUAUGACACAGCCAAUCAAAGAAGAGCAUUUACAACGUUUGACAUGGUGGAGUAGACACAGUACCAUAGAGCGUAUACCGUUUGAUGAGGAAAUAGAUUACAAGAAACGUGCGCUCGAGCAUGCGCAGAAACAUGCCACACACGAACAAAAGGAAUUACCGGGAUGGCGCCGUGUUGUGUACAUUAUUUGUGGGUAUGAAUCUCCGAAGCCACCGGAAGAAGUGACAGCGGAGGAACAUAAGGAAAGGGAACGGCAGCUUACGUCCAUAGAGGAACAUCCUAAAUGGAAGUGGUUUGUCAACAUAAACGCCAUUUUCCUGAUGACCAUUGGUAUCUUUCUCUGGGGAUACUAUUCAUAAAAUAAACACUUAGCAAAAUAUCUAGUGUCUUAUAGAAUGAUUAUACAUAGAAGACAUUUAAUAUGCAUUGUAGUUACUAAGUAGAUGUUUCAAUAAAUCGUUGAGAUAAUAAUUAUUGUUUACACAAGUUUACAAUAAAAACGUCUGAUGA